AUGUUCGUGGUAAUGUUGUGUCGUUUACUGGGACGACCAUCGUAUCGCAACACCAAUAAUAAUGAUAAUCGUCUACAUCAUCAUUAUCAGUCCAACAACGAAAACAGCGAUAGUAGUGACUGUUGGUCUGAUUCCACUGGUAGUGACAGCAUAAAGAAGAGCGAUGAACAAAACGAAGCAUGCAGAAACAAGGUGGAUAGAGUUGUGCAGCUAUGUUCUCAGAAAUGUGAUGUAUCGUUAUUGCUUGAAAAUGCAGACGAAAUGAACGUUGAAGAAGUGCAAACAGUAGUUGUUAAUGCUAAUCCGACGAUACUUAAAGAAACGAUGAAAAUUGAUACAUCGUUACUGCAAAAUGAUAUCAUCAAUAAUAACAAUGCAAAUAAUAACGAUAACAACAACUAUAUGAGUAGUGAUAUUCUGUCAGUUCAAACGCACUCUCCUAUAUCGUAUCUCACUACAUCACCUUCACCAUCGCACAUAUCGCAACUCUCCUAUUCACCAUCGCAUUCCUCUCCGGAAGACGUGAUCACAGGUGACGAACGGCUAUCGUCGUCAUAUUAUGCGACACCAAUUGGUUCAUUUCAUGAAUCAUUGGAUAAUGCGAUUUUAUUCGAUAAUAGUGAUAAUGGUAGUGAUAAAGAUAAUGAUCAUAUGAGUAGUGAUGAAGGUGAGGAAGGAGAUGAUGAAUCCUAUUCACCGAGUGUUUAUGCAUCAAAUGAGUCAUUCACGUCUUCGGAAAGCGACACUGCUACGACGCCAUCGGAAGGUGAUGAUGAUGAUAUUGAUGUGGAAUGUGAGCAUAUUCUGUCAUCAAAUAGUCAUCCGUCUGUUUCUGGUGUAGAAUAUUUUGUUGAUGUGGACGAUGGUGUCUGCUAUCAACAGCAACGAGAACAUUCUGUCGGUGAUGCAGAAAACGACGAAGAAUAUUCGAAUAAUCUUUUGCGGGUUUAUGAUUUGAACAAUGGUUCUGGUGUUAUGGGUUAUGAGGAUGAUAUAAAUGUGGAGGUCGGUAAUGAGAAUUAUUGUGGUGAUGAACGACUGAUGCAUCCAAAGCAGCGGCUGGAUGACGUAAUUCAUGAUGUUACAGUCGAACUCAGUCCAGAACAAAUGUGCCUUGAACGGGUCUUUGAAUGCAGUUAUCACUCUGCGGUACAUUUGAAUGUUGUCCACAACACCUCAACAUCGAGCCACUAUCGUCAUGAGUAA